AUGCCGUCCGUGCCACCACCACCACCCCAUCAUCAUGCUCCUCCCCCGCCUACUGCUUCUCAGCCUCCACAGCGGACCAGCGGCCAGAACUUCGAUCCGAUUCGUUCAGCCUUUGAUACUUCCUCCUCCGCCCCUCCGGCAUUCAGUCCUCCUACACAUUCCAUCUCUCCCCGUCCCAACCGCGCCAGUGCUUCACCCGCCAUUGCCAGCAUUAUUGAUCCGCCGUCAACGGCAGCCCCAUCGAUAUACACCCCCCGACCAUAUGCGUCUCCUGUUUUAGGUCCACCCAAUUAUGUUCCCUCCCCCGUGGUUCCUAAACCCGCACCCACGCCGCCUCAAGUGCCUAUUCAACUACAGUCUCAACCGACCUCACCUUAUGCCCAUCGAUCUCCUUAUGCUGCGCCGCCUCCACCAGCACCGGUCCCGGAGACAUCGCAGUCGGUACAGCUACCAUCUACGACGGCUUCCGCUUCACCAUCUUCUGCACCCCUACCUGUAGCAUCGCCAUCAGUACCACCGACGGCGGUAGUGGCGGCGGCGGCGCCAGCACCGGCACCGGCACCACCACCACCCGCUCUCGCACCGUCUACUAAGCCACCGCCGUCCCCCGAGCCAACACCGAUGGAUGUCGAUACGGAGCCCCCCGCUUCGGCGACUGCUGCAUCCAAGGCAAUCAAGAAGGAUGCGAAAUCUAGCCCUGGAGUCGCACCAGCGUCUAAUGCCACAUCGCCCAAACCCGCCAAACCGGUCAAGGACUCAGCUCCUCCCCCAUUACCUCAAGGUUCAGGCUUGAUCUCCAAUGCUCUCUUUGGCGUGGACGGUAGCACGUCCAUAAGCGAAGCUUCGCAGCGUCGGACCCCUAAUAUAAUUCUUCACAUCCCACUCAAGGGCAAUGGCAACAAGAUUGUCAACUUUGCCCGCCUGGCAGAGGAACAGUACGGCUUCGCGGCGCUACAUCCGCGACUUGCGGCCCAAAAGGAGCGAUUAGCGCGAGUCGCAGCCGCUGGAGCUGCCCUCGAGCGCAACGACAAGACUGGACGAGGAUAUUCUGCCGGGGAAAGUGCGGACGAGGAUCUCACCCUUGACGUCGACCGCGACAGUGAAAUGGAUGGGGAUGGCGCCAUCGGCGCAUCCGCGCGGUCCACUGGGCCUGAGCUCACUGACGGCAAGAAGAAACGACGCAAGAAGAAGAUGGAGGAAUAUGAUCGGGAUGAUCCAUUCGUCGAUGACAGUGAGUUGGCCUGGCAGGAACAGGCCGCCGCCAGUAAGGAUGGAUUUUUCGUCUACAGUGGCCCACUGGUACCCGAGGGCGAGAAGGUGCAAGUGGAACGGGCGGACGGCACGAUCAAAAGAGGCCGUGGCCGGGGCCGUGGUGGUCGCGGUCGGGCCCCGGUCACCACACCCCACCAAGUACCCUUGGCUGCCGCCGUUCCCAUCUCUCAGGAGACUGGCCUACCUGUCCGCGGUCCUGGAUCGCGUGGCGGCAACACUUCUCGCCGGGCUCGCGUCAGCAAAGCUGCCCGGCACCAAGCAGACCAUGACAAGACCGGCAGCACCGCAUCGACUCCCGGUCGCGGAGGGGGUGCUGCGAGUCGUGGUGGUUCGACGAGUACUCGUGGGGGCAAGACGCCGAUGGUUGAGCUAGCCCCAAGACCGAAUCUCGCCCCCGCUCCUGCUGGUCCCAGUCCAGCUACAGGCUCCGAUCUUGGGAGGAGAUAG